AUGAUUGAGACCUCGAGCAGAAUCACUGUGUUUUCUGAUGUUUCCUCGUUCCAGGUUCUGCACGAAACUUUUCCACAGCACACGUUCCUCAUGAACGGCCUCAUUCAGGGCGUCAAGGGAUUUCUGUCGUUCAUGAGCGCUCCUCUGAUCGGUGCCUUGUCUGAUGUUUGGGGCAGAAAGAGCUUCCUGCUGCUCACAGUGUUUUUCACCUGCGCCCCCAUCCCACUAAUGAGACUCAGCCCAUGGUGUUUCUUUGCUCUAAUGUCCGUGUCUGGGCUUUUCUCGGUUACAUUUUCUGUGAUAUUUGCGUAUGUGGCUGAUAUUACAGAAGAGCAUGAAAGAAGCACAGCGUAUGGACUGGUUUCUGCGACAUUUGCGGCGAGUUUAGUGACGAGUCCGGCUAUAGGAGCGUUCCUGUCCCUGCGGUAUGGAGACAGUCUGGUGGUUCUUCUGGCCACCAUCAUCGCUGUGGCUGAUAUUCUGUUCGUUCUGCUGGUGGUGCCCGAGUCCCUGCCGGACAAAAUGUGCAUGUCGUCGUGGGGUUUGCCUAUCUCCUGGGAGCAGGCGGAUCCUUUCGCUUCUCUGAGGAAGGUGGGUAAAGACUCCACAGUGCUGCUGAUCUGUGUCACCGUGUUCCUGUCGUAUCUGCCCGAGGCCGGACAGUAUUCCAGCUUCUUCCUCUAUUUAGGACAGGUCAUUAACUUCUCGUCAGAAGCGAUUGCAGCGUUUAUUGCGAUGGUGGGAAUCCUGUCCAUUGUAGCACAGACGUUACUGUUAAGCUUUCUGAUGAAGAAGAUUGGGAAUAAAAGCACCGUUCUGCUGGGACUGGGAUUUCAGUUGUUCCAGCUGGCUUGGUACGGCUUCGGCUCUGAACCAUGGAUGAUGUGGGCAGCCGGUGCCGUCGCUGCCAUGUCCAGCAUCACCUUUCCUUCUGUGAGCGCGCUGGUGUCCCGCUGCACGGAUCACGACCAGCAGGGUAAGAGACGAAACACAGCGACAUGCUCAUCAAGUGUGUGUGUGUGCGUCGGCCCGGCUCUGUUCGGAUUCAUAUUCUUCCUCUUCAAUGUGGAACUGAAGGAGCUGAGCCCCGUGGAGCCGAACCCCGUCACGCCGGACCCUGAAGAGAAGUCUGUUAUUCCAGGUCCUCCAUUCCUGUUCGGAGCGUGUUUGGUUCUUCUGGCUCUGCUGGUGGCGGUGUUCAUUCCGGCUCAACACGCUCCGGCGGUGAAGACGUGCAACACGCGUGUGAUGACGGAGCCUGCGAGUGCCGUCACGGAGAACGGAUCGGUUCCUGUGAGCGACGAAGACAACGAGCCUCUUUUACAGGACAGCAGUUUAUAAGCUGCUGGUUUGGGUUUUAUUCCAGCAGUGUGUCUGACAAAGCUUUUUAUUGAAUGUCUAAACGUCUGUAUUUUUUAUUUUUUUUAUCCUUCGGUCUUUGAAAGAGAAUGUGCCUUCUACAUAUUUUGGCUUGCACUGCAGAAAAUCAAGUUCUUCCGUAUUUUUCAGUACAAAUCUCUAAACAGAGAAGCAAAAUGACUUAAGAUAUGAACUAUGAAGUCUUGUUUUCCGGACAGUUUAUGCUUAGAACAAGAAUAAAUGUCUGCUAAUGGGUCAGAAAAAUAAUCUUGUUUUCCUUUUGGAUUUUUGGCAGCUAUUUGUUAAAGCAUUAAGCCCCGUGAAGCCAUGGUUUACAGUGAAUUUAUAACAGCUAAGGGCUUCUGGUCGUGCCU